AUGAAGCAAGAGGAAGAAAGGGUGGGAGAUCUGGCAGCGACAAUGUGCAUGGCGUCACGUGUGGACCUCCAAAUGCCUGAGAAAAGGGGUUGGAAUGCACUAAUGGCUCCCAUGCGAAAGAGCGGAGAAGACAAAGGAGAAGAAAAAGAAAAACCAACAACCCUCUACCCGCCCCUCCCCAAGGAAGCAGUGCAGUCGCCUCCCCCAUAUUCCCCAUCAACGGCCAGCGCCCCCAGCGGUGACGGAGCAGCACUGCAAGCACCACUGUUGGCAGUACAGAGUGGCUGCUUAACAGGCACAGGACGACUACAGCUGGACCUGGAGCCUGGCAGCGCUAUAAUAGUGGACGAAUUACCAAACAGCUCCUUGGGCCUAGGUGUACUCACAGAGCAGGUAGCGGCGUUGACGGAAAAAGUACACCUAAUGGAAAGAGAGAGAAGCAGAGGGACAGGACCGGCAGGUGGUACACCCCAGCCUCCAACUCGAGGCUCCUCAAGAGAAUCGAGCAGUGGAGGGGACGGGCAGCCUUCUCGCCAGCAAUCGGGAGCUGAAAGAGGGGGGGUGGAAAAGGGGGUGUCUUGGUCAAUACCUUGGUCAGCACCACCCCACUACCACCCACAGCCACUCCCUCCCUUCAGCCCACACCAACAGAUGAAACAAGACACUCCAAAAGAAGAAUGGGAGCGGAACCACUUCUAUGACCCGCACAGUGACUCAGAGUCCAACGAAGGACGUACUACACCUACUACACCACCCUCCUGGAUGAAACCGGUCCCUGAUCCUCAUGUCUCGCUCAACAAUCUCAGUCCUUCCCUCACCUACUUUACGGUGAUUGACCUGGCUAAUGCGUUCUUUAGCAUCCCCUUGGCUAAAGAAUCACAGCCUCUAUUUGCUUUUUCGUUUAAUGGACAACAAUACACCUACGCCUCCCUGCCACAGGGGUAUCGUUGCUCCCCAGGCCUUUUCAACCGAACUCUCAAACAACAUCUCUCCCUGCUGCAACUCCCCCCGGGCGUUGUGCUCAUUCAGUAUGUUGACGACCUACUCCUUGCGGCACAAACUGCUGGUUUGUGUCUCGACGUCACAUCAUCCCUCCUCUCCUUGCUGGCAGACAAAGGAUACAAAGUUAAAAGAGAGAAAGUACAGGUAGCACGCAGGGAGGUUUUGUUCCUUGGACGUUCAGUGUCGUCAGCAGGAUUGGGCGUCUCACAUGCACACCGGGAAAACAUUCUCCACCACCCCCGCCCGGUAACAGUGGCCUCAAUGUUGUCAUUCUUGGGUUUGACUGGAUACAGCAGAUCCCACAUCCAGGACUACAGUCAUCGCACUCAGCCACUCCGUGAGAUGAUACGUCAAGCAGGUGCACGAAAUCUCAAUGGUGAGCUCGACUGGAAUAAUGCAGCUGAUGUCGCAUUUUCCAGCCUUAAACAGGCACUCUCUCAAUCAGCUGCACUCAUGACCCCCGACUACACAUCACCAUUCCAUCUGGAUGUUUCUGAAAAACACUCAUUUUUGAAUGCAGUUUUAUUUCAGAAAAAGGGGGGUGACAGGAAUGUGUUGAUGUAUCAUUCUUCAAAACUCGAUGCUGUUGAAACAGGACAAUCCACGUGUGCAAGAUACGUGGCAGCAGUCGCAAAAUCAAUCGAAAAAACGGCACACAUAGUGAUGUGCCACCCACUGGAAAUACACACACAUCAUGGAGUAGCAGCAUUCCUCAUAAGCAAAGAAUUCACCUUCAGCGCAGCCAGAAAAUCGAAGCUCCAAAACACGUGCACACAGCCUCAUAUCACAUUCAUCCCAGCCACCAGGAAGAUGUCAGACAACUUCCAAGAAGGCACUCCACAUGUCUGUGAAGAACUGGCCGUACAAGACAAUAAAUUAAGAACGGACCUGCAGAAUGAACCAUUGACGGAUACAGAAGCAUGGCUGUAUACGGAUGGCUGUUGCUACAGGAGUGAAACAGGCAAUGUGGCAGCCUUUGCAGUAGUGCGCCAACUGGCAACUGGAGAACAUGUCACAGUAGACUCAGGAAUCAUCCCGCAGCCAGCCUCUGCACAACUAGCAGAAGUGGUUGCAUUGACAUCUGCCCUAACAUGGGCCAAAGGCAAACGAGUGAACAUCUUCACAGACUCAGCAUACGCUCAUGGUGCGGUGCACACAGACGGCCCCUCGUGGCGGCGACGAAGGGACUUCACCACAUCGAACGAUCAGCCAAUCAAGCACCAGCAAGCUAUGAAAACACUGAUAGACGCAGUACAGCUGCCAGCACAGCUAGCCAUCAUGAAAUGCAAAGGACAUGACAAAAUAAAGACCAGAAUAAGUGCCGGGAAUGAUGCGGCAGACGAAGCAGCCAAGAAGGCAGGAGGCUAUCAGCCUGCCCAAAUGAGUUAUGCCAGGUCCACCCAGGAUGGAGGUCAUAUGCCACCUCUGGAUGUGAGUCAGAUUGAGAUGUCUGACUAUUUGCAUGCACUAACAUCACUCACCACAGCUCUCUCCAACCAGGUUGUUCGAGCCCAGGCGAUCGUCCCGGUGGAAGGAGAGCCAUCAAAGGUAAAAGUAGGAGACUGGGUCAGGGUCAAAGUUCACAAACGAAAGUGGACUGACCCCAGGUGGACUGGACCGUACGAAGUGAAGGAAGUUACGUCACACUCGGUCCAGGUCAAAGGUAAAUCAGGCGCUCCUUGGCACCACCUGACACAUUGUGCCCCAGCUCCGACACCUGACAGAACACUGACAGAGGUCCGAACGAAUUUGAGAAAUGCAGCGACAGCUGAGGAGGUGCCUGGGGGACCCUGA